AUGGCCACGCGCCUCCGCCUCUUCCUCCUCCUCGCCUUUCUCAGCCUCAUCCUCCUCUCCUCCGCCGCCGAUGAUUCCGCCGCCAUGUCCAAGCUCCUCUCCUCCCUCUCCCCGCUCCCCCGCGGCUGGUCCUCCUCCGCCCACUUCUGCACCUGGAACAACGUCCUGUGCGACUCCACCAACUCCUUCGUCACCACCAUCAACCUCAACUCCGCCUCCCUCUCCGGCACUCUCCCCCCCGAAAUCAACACCCUCUCCCACCUCCAAUCCCUCCAACUCCAGAAAAACUCCCUCACCGGCGCCCUCCCUUCCUUCCAAAACAUCACCUCUCUCCACCAAUUACUCCUCGACACCAACAAUUUCGCUUCCCUCCCCAACAACUUCCUCGCCGGCCUCACCAAUCUCCAGGUUUUCACCAUAAACGACAACAGCAAUCUCGCUUCCUGGCAAUUCCCCGCUUACCUCUCCGAUAGUUCAAAUCUUGUAGAUUUUUACGCCAGCAAUGCCAGCAUUAACGGCGCCAUUCCAGACAUUUUCAAUUCUUUGCUUAAUCUGCAGGAUUUGAGACUUUCCUACAACAACUUGACCGGAUCUCUGCCGGAAUCUUUCUCCGGAUCGGAAAUUCGGAAUCUGUGGCUCAACAAUCAGGAGCUAGGGUUAUCUGGAACAAUCGAUGUGCUCUCCGAUAUGCCUCAGCUGGUUCAGGUUUGGCUGCACGCUAACGCAUUUACCGGCGGAAUUCCUGAUUUAUCGAAAUGCACAAAUCUAUUUGAUCUGCAAUUGAGGGAUAAUAUGUUAACUGGAUUAGUGCCGCCUUCUUUGAUCAAUUUGCCCGCUCUUCUUAACGUUACAUUGCAAAACAACAAGCUACAGGGGCGUUUCCCUGAGUUUCCGGAUAGUGUUCAAACUAAUUUAGGGGCUGAUACUAAUAGCUUCUGUUUGGAUCAUCCCGGGCCGUGUGAUCCGCAGGUCAGCACGCUUCUUGACGUCGCGAGUUCUCUUGGGUAUCCCGUGGCGAUAGCGGAGGAGUGGAAAGGGAACGAUGCUUGCCAAGAUUGGCAAUUCAUCCUCUGUGAUUCGCAAGGGGGGAAUGUGACGGUUGUGAACAUGGGGAAGCAGGGAUUCACGGGCACUAUAUCGCCUGCGUUUGCGAAUCUCACUUCGCUGAGGACUUUGGUGUUGAGUGAUAACAGGCUCACCGGUGGGAUCCCUGCUGUCUUGACUACCUUGAAACAGCUUCAGACGUUGGAUGUGUCGAAUAAUAAUUUAAUGGGCCCAAUUUUGACCUUUCCUCGUAAUGUGAGUUUUACAUAUGCUGGAAAUGCUUUCCUUGGUAAGAGUGAUAGUCGUGGUGGUGGUCCAAGCCAGUUGGAUGGGAGCUCUGGAUCGUCGAACAAGUCUUCUUCGGUUGGUAUGGUAGUUGGUGUGGUUAUAGCUGUUUUAGUGUUUGUUGGAAUUGUGUUGUUUGUGUCUUAUAAAUGCUAUUUGAAGGGACGGGAUAAGAGGUUAAGGGGGAUUGAGAGGUCUAAGCAGGAAAAGGAGAUGGCGACGAGGAAUGGAGUGAAUAGAAAUGCUGGUGUCUCGAAUGAGACCAUGAGCCAGAACAGUGGCGAUCAUAGCAAGAUGCCCGUUCUUGAGGGUGGCAACAUUGCCUUCUCGAUUCAGAAUCUUAGGCAAGUGACUGACAAUUUCAGUGAAGAGAAUAUAUUGGGUAAAGGAGGGUUUGGGGUCGUGUACAUGGGUGAGUUGCACGAUGGGACCAAGAUUGCAGUCAAGAGGAUGAAGUCCAAUGAUAUGGGUACGAAAGGCAUGAAGGAGUUUCAGGCAGAAAUCGCAGUCCUAACCAAAGUUCGUCACAGACAUCUGGUCGCGCUGUUAGGUUACUGUAUCAAUGGCCACGAGAAGCUCUUGGUGUAUGAGUACAUGCCGCAGGGGCAUUUAGGCCAGCAUUUGUUUGAAUGGGAGAAACAUGGCUAUCAAUUUCUGACCUGGAAACAGCGGGUUACAAUAGCGUUGGAUGUGGCCAGAGGAGUCGAGUAUCUGCACAGCUUGGCGCAGCAGAGUUUCAUUCACAGAGAUUUGAAGCCAUCAAAUAUACUCCUGUCUGAUGACAUGAGAGCUAAGGUGGCAGAUUUUGGAUUGGUGAGAAGUGCGUCUGAUGGGAAAUAUUCUGUUGAGACGAAGUUGGCUGGAACAUUCGGCUAUCUUGCACCUGAAUAUGCUGCAACUGGGAGAGUGACAACAAAAGUUGAUGUCUACGCCUUUGGGGUUGUGUUAAUGGAGAUUUUAGCUGGUCGAAAAGCCCUAGAAGAAAAGAUGCCGAAUGAGAAGUCCCAACUGGUGACAUGGUUCCGCAGGGUCCUAAUCGGUAAAGAAAAUCUCCGGAAGUCCAUCGACCAGAAUCUCCAGCCAGACGACGAAACUUAUGAAAGCAUAUGCAAGGUUGCGGAGUUGGCUGGCCACUGCACUGCUCGUGCGUUCCAAAGGCCCGACAUGGGGCAUGCAGUGAACAUCCUGGGACCUCUCGUGGAGCAGUGGAAACCCUCUAUUGCCACAGAGAGCGAGGGUGAUGGCGUCAACCUUCGUAUGGGCCUCCAUCAAGUCCUCCAGAGAUGGCAAGCCAAUGAAGGCACUUCUAGAAUGUUCGAUGAUUUCUCCUACAGCCAGACGCAGUCGACUAUCCCCUCGAAACCUACUGGAUUUUCGGACACAAAUAGCUCCACGGACAGUAGAUGACACAGAAAGAUUGAAGGCGGGAGAAAUUGGAUGAAAAACAAGGAUGGCUGGAGAAAAUGGAUAGAGGUUGAUUUUGAGUCUGUUUUGCAUGCUGUAUUUUGCUGUAUCUUGAAAUGUUGUUUUUUGCAUGCUGCAUUUAAUUUAUUCUUUUCUCACCUGACUUGUAAA